GGCCGCUUUGUGCGCCACACCGAAACAAACUAAACGGACGCCGGAGCACCGACACGGGGCUGACCUGCCUCAACUCUCCCGCUUCUCCCGCUGAGGACACUGAGCUACGCUUUUAGUGACACGGACGCCUCGCCCCUAAAUUCGCCUCCUCCUUGUUCGCCGAAAGUUGCGUGGAAUAUAACCUGAAACUUCCCCGUCGCCCGGACCGUAAAGAAAGGCUGAUCCAACGGUAAGAUGAAACCCGUGCUGGAGCACCAGGAUGGCUGCACACAUUAAACACCUGGAAAUAUACUUGCUUUCGCAACAUCUCAUACAAUAGCCAAAAAAGUCUGGAAGGAACUCUCCUGAACGCCUACGGAACCUAGUUUGAUUUCUGUCUGUGGAUUGUAAGUAGGAGACUGCCAACAUGCCUAUUCUCAAGCAGCUGGUGAACAACUCUAACCAAUCGAAGCGGCGUUCUCGGGCCGAUCUGACUGCGGAGAUGAUCAGUGCUCCGUUGGGGGACUUCCGCCACACCAUGCACGUGGGCAGAGGGGGCGAUGCCUUUGGGGACACUUCAUUUCUUAGCACCCGAUCAGGGGAACCCUCCAGGGAGCCAGACACAAAGCAGGGCUCCCCGGGGCCCAAACCAGGGUUGCUGUCCCGCACCUUCAGAAGCAGCAAGCGCUCCCAGUCAGUAAACCGGGGGGACAAGUAUGAAUACAAUAUGAUGGCACCUUCCGGUGGCUCAUCCAACUUUGUUAAAAACGCCAUAUCACUACCUUACCUAAACGACGAGGAUACUAACAGAAGCAACCAGCUGCCGAAGAGCGUUUCCUCCAGCCCCAUGAAGAAGCUAACGGAGACUGAAAGCAAGCCGAUUAACGGAGCAGCAGCGAUGGCGUCACUUGAUGUGGAGUUUGAUGAGCAUAAUUUCGGUGAACUUACAGAUUUGCCUCCAUCCAUGCCUAAGGGAGGCGGGAUGAAGCACGCAGAGUCUAUGAUGUCCUUCCACAUUGACUUAGGGCCCUCUAUGCUCGGGGAUAUCCUGAGCGUGAUGGAAAAGAAAGGCUGGGAGGAGGACGACCUCGGCUACGAGGAGGGCAAGAUCAGCGAGGGCCGUGCUUCACCCUCCUUCAUACCCCACAUAGAUGAUGAUGUAGAGGAGCAGGCCCCUGCAAGGCCACCUCGCAGCAUGUACCAGCAGAAGGCCAUGGUGGAUCCCUACACUCCGGAGCUACACACCAGGAACAACCACCACAACAUAGAUAGCUGCUCAGUGUCCAGCUCCGGCUCGGCCACCGAGGAGAAACCUCAGUACCACCUCCAUGACGGCGACACGGACAGUGCAAAGUACAGUUCGCCACGUGGGGAGGAUGACAGAGAUUUCACCUUCAUGGAUGAGGAUGAUGAUGAUGAGAUUCGAGUGUAGACAAACCUGUUCUGGCCAGACAGUCUUCUCCACGGACACUAAUGGAGAAGACCAGGUGUUGGGAGGUCAAUGCAAGCUGGGAAGGGCAGGGGGAAGAUUGAGAGGCAGGGCCCCAUCUGCUAUAAGCUUCUUGUAAAUCAAUCUAAUCUCUGCACAAUUUUUCAACAUCUUAAAUAAAACCAAUUAAGCCUUAUUCACUGUGCUGUAGCAAGGGGUUGUGAGCUGACUGUGUGCUAAAAUGUGCAGACAGACCGGAUCACAACGUUGCACUCUUGAAAGGUUUGGGUUUGUUGAUUUUUCGCAAAUUUUUGCAACAUCAAACUCUGAACUCAUCGUUAUUAUUGGGAAAUUCUCUGUUUUUUUUCAAAAAAAAUACUGGCUCGAGUGUUCACACUCUGGCCCUCUCCAAGGUGCAUUAGCAAAGAGGAAAAAUCAGAAAGCCAUUUAUGAGCAUCACACUCAUUUUUAGAAGUAAUGGGUGAGGUUGGAGAAGUAUACUUCUAGCUGGCUGUCACAUGGAAUAUCACAUUUGGAGAGUGAUGUGUGGGGUGAGCAGAAGGACAUGCGGGGUCAAAAAUUUAAUGUGGAUGUGUACUACAGAUUAUGAGGACGGAAGAGGGAAAGGGCAAGAAGUGAAACUCAGAUGGCUUUGUAAUCCCUGCGUGUGGGAGUGAUCAUGAAGCUUCAUUUGCCAUUAAAAAUGUUUUGGCAUAGAUACUAAGUAGAUAAAGUGGUUAUUACUUUUGUCCACAUCUGACUUAAUUGGGUGAUUUCUGCAAUUUUUUACUAUAUAUGAUGUACAUAUAGUAUCUGGAAGUUGGUCUACAGUAGCCUGUUGUAUUUGAGUUGGGUAGUUUAUCAUUUUGCAGCUGUCUCUCUUUGGCAAGGUCUUCAUUCUUUAAAUUCACAGACAGCUGUGGUAUUUAUUCAUUAAUUUUCAUAAGGGAUGGAUUAUUCUUAAUGUGCACUGCUAGGUCUUAAAAGUUUUGAUUUUGGGUUUUUCUGGGAAGCUUAAUUUCUUACAACAACUUCAUGGUACCACAGAGGGAGCCAGCUUGUUUGUGAAGAAAUUGGCUACAUGGCACUUAAUUACUGGACUAAAGUAGACAUAAAAAAAUGUCUAACUCGCAUCACUCCUGCUAUCACUAUCACGGUGAGGCUCUAUUGGUUAACAAUGACUUAUGUUUUACAAAGUCAGUCUCUGUAAGUGUCUGCUUUUUUAAUUUGCAAAAAAAAUGUGAAUUGUCAGAAAAGAGGCCUUUUUGUAUAUGUUCCGUGUCCUGUAAUGAAACAGGACAGAGGUGGUGAUUGUGGCAAAUGAUGUGUAUGUGUGUGUUGUCACAUCUCAUUCCACAUUAUUACUGAGGUUGGUAGGAUUAGCAGGUCAGCGGAGAGAUGUAAGAAAUGUUCAAACGGGAGUCGCUGCAGUAGAGAAAAUGGUUGUAUUAUAAUGAAUAGCUAUGGCUCUAUCCUAAACACAUUUCCUCUCUCUAGACAUGUGUCCGGGCUAGUCUCUAAGGGUGGAGAAAGGAUGUAACAACAUGUUCAAAGUGUUAUUAGAGAGCAGCCACUUACAGACGGGCAUCAGGUAUGUCUCGAGGCAGUGAGAGUGGAAGUUGUAUCCUGAACUGGCCCCACAAGUGAUAAUAUUCACUUCCUCUAAACAGCCCAAAUCACACACCAGGAAAAGACGAUUAAAUCAACCAAUCAUCUGGCCUUUCCCAGUCUGCUCAUUAAAUGUGCUGGAUUAUUGGCCCCCGACCAGCUGGAACAGGAACAGACAGGUGGGCAGCUUUUUUGUGUUUAUUUGGUUUUACAAUGCAGGCUCACUCAGUAGUCUCCUCCAGGUUACUCUCACUGAUAAAUAAGGCAAAGAGAGGUGUACUUUCCUCUCUGGUAUCCACCAUUGAUGUCUGACCUUUUUUUUUUUUAAUUUUUUUUAAUUUUUUUAUUUUGUGUUAGAAAAGUAACUGCCAUGUUUGACAAAUGGAAGUUUUGAAUUGCCUGAUGUGGCAUUGAUGCAGGGGUGUGUAGAAUCAGGAUGCUGUGCCAUUCUGCCUCGGGUUAUUGUUAUGUUUUGGAACCAUGUCUACAUGAACAGGUUGCAAGAAGUUUUGAAAUGAACAGCAAUCUGGAGGAAAUUGCCAAGUAUGUUUUAACCAUAUUAUUGGGUAAUAUUAGCAGGAUGUUGGAUUUUGUUUAUUUUUUACUUCUGUGUAGAUAUGCAGUAUGACUUGAGUCAGAUCGCUUUCUCAUUUUGAUGUAAAUGGGCCAAAUUUUAAGCUGUCUUUCACUUCUUUUGAUUCGUUGUGGAAUAUGUGGUUUGUGGAGUGUUUGGGCAGCUGCAAUCCUUCACCGAGAAAUGGACACUUUAAAAGAGAGAACAAAAACACUCCUUAUCUGCCGUCGUUUUAAUCAAGUAACGUAAAUAUGAUUUGUGCCAUUGAUGAUUUCAGUAGACGAUCUUUGUCAUCAGCAGUGUGACUAUGUGGUACUAGUGUGGGAACCAGAACGAUGUUAGUGGCUUUAACACUAAACAGCACACUUGUGGCCAAAUUGUAUUUGCAAGUUUUGAAAAUCUUUCACCAAACUGGGUUGCCAGAUUGGCGUUGGAGUGGAGUUGGAAUUUGAAAGAGGUAAAUAGAGAAUUACGGAAAAGUAUACUAAAUGACUCUGAAAUACUUUUUUGUAAUUGUCUCAAUUUUCUCGCAUUUGCCUUGUUUCUCUGUGGGGAAACUCCUAAGUAGGACAGAAAAAAACUAUAUAAAGGAAUGUGCAAAUACUUUCUGCCCCAGGUCUGCUUAAGUUUUCCAUGCACCAACAGCUUCGGUUUAGUGAGUGGCAAAAAAGAUAAGGACUGCGAAUAACAACUGGCUCAAAGUUCAGCUGUAGAAUGUUUCUUUCUUCUUCUUUUUUUUUUUAAUUCAGUGGCUGUAGUAUUAUUCCAAGUAUGUACUGUUUUCUCUUUCUAUUCCAUAUUCUGGUUUUACAGUACAUUAAUAUAUUUUCCUUUCUCACUCUCCUUUCUUUGAAAUAACAGCUAUAUUUUUCAAUAAAAGAGAAAGCUGGUAAUCUUUAA